AUGUCACAUGGCGACUACCAUCCAGAGUGCUUCAAAUGCGCCCGCUGCCGCCGACCGCUGGAGUCCGCUCGCCAUGGCCAUGAAUACGAAGGUCGUCUGCUGUGCGAGAAGGAUUAUCAGCGAUAUAUGGAAAAGGAUGCCCAGCGAUCGGAGCGACCCUCUCGAAGCCGUGCUGCAGUCUGUGCAGGAUGCGAGGCACCCAUCCAGGGCGAGUCUCCUGUGUAUGCCCUGGGCCAGUCAUGGCAUGAGCACCAUUUGAUGUGCUACCAGUGCAAGAAGCCAAUCCAGCAGUCCGUAGGCCAUGUGGAGAAGAACGGACGAGUUUACUGCCCUAAGGACUUUGGAGAGCUGUUCCUGCCGAAGUGCAGAGCCUGCGGAUUGCCAGUCGAGAAGGAGGCAGUCUGUGCACAGGACGGCAAGCUCCAGGGCAAGUGGCACGCAGCCUGCUUUGGAUGCCAAACUUGCAGGAAGCCCUUCCCGGACAAGAGCUUCUAUGUCUACGGAGAUGCUCCCUACUGCAGGAGACAUUACCACAAGCUGAACAACUCGCUCUGCAAGAGCUGUGACCAGCCUAUCGAGGGACCCUGUGCCCAGACUAUGGAGGGUUGGAGAUUCCAUCCAGGAUGCUUCUCUUGUGUAGAGUGCAAGACCCCAUUGACGGAUAUCUACUACAACUUUGAGAACCAGGCCUACUGCGAGAAGGACAUCAUGGUCAUCCAGCGCACCCGUAACGUUCGCGCUGAGCGCCGCAAGACCUUCUUCGGAAAGGUGUAG